AAUCCAAAUUCCAAGAACAAUAGCAUGGCCGGUCAUGGGCGUCGCAAAAAGCGUCGUGUAGCCGCUCCAACGCGGCAGGAUGAAGAAGCAGCUCGCCGUAUGUUUCUCGAAGCUCUUGAAGCGCAACGGGCCAAUGCUCGCAGCCAAGAGACCGACAAACCCACAGAAAACCAAGUUACUCCAAGCCCAGUAGCUCCACUACCAGGUUUUUACUACGACGAGGCUAAACGUCGCUACUUUCGCGCUUCUCCAGCGUCCGAGCGCCAGCGACGGGAUGAAAUGGAGUUGCAACAGAAGAAUCAAGAAGCUGCAGAGUCGAAAUCGGUAUUUAAAGUGAAAACUCGACGCGGUCGUGGACAUCACGGCCACUCUUGGGUAAACUACAUGGCCUGGCGACAAGCGGACUAUGCAUGGAGUGCGCGACGACGUGACAGUCGAGAGCUUAUCCCCAAACUACUGUCAGAUUUCCUGUCGUCGCAGGUGGUGGAGUCCCAGGGCAUAGACAACAACGGUCGGCUAUCAGCGUUGGCGCUGCAUCCACGAGCCAGUAAUCUUGGGGCUAUUGGAGGUACGACUAGGGACAAUUGUAGGAGUUUUGGCAGACUUACCCGACAUUGCUAUUUUGCCACAGCAAGCAAUGGGAGGUUGGAAAUUAUGGGACUGCAGAAAAUUCCACCUGCAAUUGGAUCAGGACCACCUACGCAGUGUGCACUUCCCAUCUGCGAUUUCUACGUUCCAGGAGUUAUUACGUCUUUACAGUGGCGUCCAGUCCAGGAGCUCGAUAUACUGGUCUGCCACAUUGGUCAGAGUAACACGCCGCAGACGCCGUCGGGUAGAGUGUGUUUUAUACGCGUUGGUGAUCAGCAAACUCAGGGAGUCGCAUUGGUGUCAACUGCACGUAUGAAGGAAAUGGAUUUUGUUGAUCCAUGGACAGCGAAAUGGAAUCCAACCGAUCCCAGCAAGUUUAGCGUCGGAUAUGGCGGAUCGUCGAGAGCUGCCUACGUGGAUGCAGUAGCCGAAGAUCGUUCUUUCCAACGUGCGCCGACUGGGGUCAUCACUAGCGACGUGCACGCUCAGAGCUUCUUUUCCACGGGUAAUGUUGUGCUGAAUGGAACGAAGAGCGGAGGUCUAUGGGGUUGGGAUCUUCGUACGCCUCGUCGAGCUUUCGAAUGGGAAGGAGAAGCAACGCCAGACCGACCUGCAGGUUCCGUUCUCGACAUCCACAUGCUGAACGACUGUCAAAGAGCGGUGGUACAGCGAUCAAAUGGUGAACUACGAGUCGUCGAUCUUCGGACGUCAAAGCCGGUGGUUGAGUUUAUGUCAGGAGCACCGAAACGUUACUUGCCAAGCCUGCGCUGUGCUAUCGACAACUACGAGUCUGUUGUUGUUGCUGGAGGUGACGCGCGUCAUCCACUGGCAGUCAACAGCUUUAAUCUACAAGAUGGACGUUGUGUAUCGUCACUUGAGGUGAGGAAUUCACCUUCAAUGCAGAAGCGCUCGACUUUGGUGCAGCAGGUGCAAUUGAAGUCCGGUCACUACGGAACGCGCUACGAGAAUACACCCGAGAUCUGGGCUUUAUCUCGCAAUGAACUCUACGUUUGCAGUGGACGAACUGAAGAAUAGUCAUGCGGAGAAGAUGGAAACUAAGAUUGAAUUGAAGCAUCUGCUGAUGCGUUUUGAUUUAUUA